AUGCAUUCUACCUUUGGCUUAUUCAAAACUCCUACGCAGGGAUACACUCCCGUUGCCAACCCGUAUCAUGACAAGGAGCCGCGAGGCAGCGGUGAUGAAGAAAUGCUUCACGGUCCUAUUGGGCAGAAAACGCCCAAAAGGUCAUUGUGGAAGGUGGUCGCUCUCUGCUUGUCAUGCGCGGCAGCAACUGCAGUCUUCAGUGCGGUUGCGACCAGAAAGGUCUAUAUCAAGGCUCAGGAACCCUUGAUCAAAACUCCCAUACCCGAUUUCCCUAAGGAGGUUAGAUAUUUCGAAUGGGACUCGACAUACGUUGAAGAACCUAACGAUGAGAAUAACAAAGCCUGGGAUGAUCUCCUACCGGGCGGUCGUGGAUUCGUAUUCGUCAAGGAUAGCGCUUCAUAUGACCUUGAACCGGGACUCCAGAGCAAGUGGGGUGAAAUCUACUCGGUCGCAAUGUUCCACCAGAUGCACUGCCUAGGUGUCAUUCGCCAGAAUUACUGGCGGUUGGUCAGGGGAGUCUUAGAUCGGGACGAGAGUCUUUACCAUGAAGCCGAAGUGAUGAUAGAUACCGCUCACACGGGCCACUGCUUCGAUUACUUCAGACAGAGUAUUGAAUGUUCAGCUGAUAUGUCGCUCGAAUGGCCUCGAACCGAGGAUGAUGGAAGGCGCUUCCAGGUUGAUGGUAGAGGUGUACCUCAUGUCUGCACGAGCAAGUCCGCUUUGAAGGAAUACAUGGACGUGUAUCACUUUAACGGAUCGCGUAUACAUGAUAUCGCUGCUUGA